AUGUUCAAAGUCAGGGAAACCCCGGAAAUCACAGCUCCCGUUUCGGAGCUUUUUUCAUUGAAAGGUAAAACAUGUGUUGUUACAGGUGGUUCCUCAGGAAUUGGUUCAAGCGUUGUGGAGGCGUUCGCUUCAAUGGGUGCAACUGUUAUCAUUGUCUACAAUUCUACGCCCGUUGAUCAAGUUGUCAAAGAUCUUACAAAAAAAUACAAUGUGACAAUCGAUUCAUACAAAUGCAAUUUAUUGGAAAUGAGUGAAAUCGAAGGACUAUUUGAUAAUGUAAUUAAGAAAUAUUCCAAGAUUGAUGUUUUGGUUGCCAACGCCGGCAUUGGCUGGUUACAUGGCGGGGUCAAUGAGUUUGAGUCAUAUGAGCAAUUGGUAAACAACUGGGAGAAAUUUAUGAAAGUUGACUUAUCUUCGAUAUAUUACUGCUGUUCUUUCAUCGGCAAAAUUUUUGAAAAACAAGGUUUCGGGUCGUUGAUCCUCACAGCCUCUAUGUCUGGUAGUAUUAUCAAUGUACCUCAAUUGCAAACUCCAUAUAACGUUGCUAAGGCCGGAGUGAAACAAAUGGCGAGGUCUUUGGCUGUUGAAUGGUCAGCUAUAGGAGAUGGGAAGAUAAGAGUAAACAGUGUUUCUCCAGGAUACGUUAGAACAAAGUUGACAGGGAAAAUGGAUCCUGCUUUAGUUGAAAAGUGGUGUAAGCUAACCCCUUUGGGUAGAAUGGCCUCGCCAAAAGAAAUAAGCGGUGCUUACGUCUAUCUUGCCAGUGAUGCAAGUAGCUAUACAACCGGAUGUGACUUAGUAGUUGACGGUGGCUAUUCUCUUAUCUAA